AGCAGCUAGCCGGCGAUUAUCGUCGAGAUCGCUGCGACCCUUACUGCGCGACUGUGGCAGCUGCACCGGUGUCCCGUAAUCGCCUCUAUGAAGGCUACGUUAUGCGAGAAUCUUGCUAUAUAUUGACUGAUUGACUUAUUCUUUAUUGACGGAAUUUACCCAGGGAGCAACUUUCACCAUGCCGUUGACUUUCUGUCCCAACUGCAGCAAUGCGCUCACGAUCUCACGGGCGGAACCGACCCCAAGGCAUCCUCUAGGCGUCAAUCGCUUUGAGUGCCGCACAUGUCCGUACCAGUACGCCCUGGACCAGAGCUGGUUUGAGAAGACGCCCAUGAAGCAAAAAGAAGUGGAGGAUGUCUUUGGAGGAAAGGAAGAAUUCGCAAACGCAGAUAGUGUGGCCACUCAAUGCCCCGCAGAAAACUGUAAUGGCGACCGUGCAUACUUUUUCCAGCUGCAGAUUCGGAGUGCAGAUGAGCCGAUGACCACAUUCUUGAAGUGUACCACGUGUGGUGCCAGAUGGAGAGAAAAUUGAUGCUACUCCAUCGUUAGAGUUUUAUAUUCCUGAACACGAUUUGUUGUUCGAAUAAUAAAGGGGCUGGUGCUACGGCGUAUUGUUCGGAUGAUCUGGGCCCCUGCGAUUGUGACCUCCCUCUGCGAUGAUUCGCAUCUAAAUUAUAGAUACCCCUCAAUGGAUGAUGACACCAGUUCGUAGUGCUAGUAUAUACUAUAUGGUAGUGGUUAAACUACAGGACUACUCCCUAUUGAGAGAGCUAAAAAGUAUGUCAGAUUAAGCGCAAAAGAAAAAUUUUUCUUCCC